AUGUCUAGCAUGGCCUCACACUUUUUUAGAAAUCCUGAAUUCCGUGGAGCCAGCUGGGAAAGGGCUGUGGAUAGAGCUUGCAGCCCUAUACCAACAUUUUUUCGUUUUGGAUUGCUGCUGGUCUGCAUAAAUGGACAAUGUGUCAGCGACCCAUACGCUCCUCAAAUUGAUGGCUGUGAAUACGGAGAUAGAAUCAUCGAUUGUACAAAAGAUCACUGCUUGAAUUCACAAGUGGAUUGCUGCGGCACGUGUAACUAUGGCACCCCCUUUACCCCAACGUACAGCACCAGAAGAAGCACACCUGAAAGAUUAGCCACGACAGUAAAUCCCCUUGUGCUAUUCACUUCAAUUAAAGAUUGUGAACAAGGAGAUCAAGACUUGAGACCAGAACUGUGCACUAACUUUAGCGUAUGCCUAAUACAGCCAACACAGUGCUGUCACUACUGCUCGUCAUAUUACACGUCUGCAACUACAAGUACCACGACAACGAGACCAUUGAUACCAUCCACUUCACCCAAAACUAAAUGUGAACCAGGAGAUCUAGACUUGAGGCCAGAACUGUGCACUAACACUAGUGUCUGCCAGACAAAGGCAUCACUGUGCUGUCACUAUUGCUCGUUACAUUACAAGUCUGCAACCACAAGUACCACACAAGUAACGUCCCCCAACAAGUGUGUACUAGGAGAACCAGAUUUAAGUCCACAGCUGUGUACUAGCCGUAGUAUCUGCCAGACACAGCCAUUGAUGUGCUGUAAAUAUUGUUCUUCCCGAGACAAUUCUGCAAGCCAUCUCUCUUUAUACACUAUUUGGAUAUAUUGUUUUUGUAUUGCUUUCUUUCUUUAUAUUAAAACAAAUGUCUAUUAAGUAGAUAAAGUACAAAUGUCUAUUAGGUAGCUAAAGUACAAGACUCUUAGGUAGAUCAAGUACUUACCCUUGUUCGGAAUUUUUUUAAAGUUUUUGUCUAUUUCUUAUCUUUAUACCAUUUUAAGCAUUGUUUACACAAGGAAAUCAAUUAUAAUGAAGCAAUCUAUCAAUCAUAAUGAAGCAAUCGUUGGUGUACUGUGCAUGAAAUAAUAGACCUCUAAAACAUGUGGCCAGGGCCGGCCUUAGAUAAUGAGCCUCCUUGUCCUUAUCAUUAUGAGGAACAUUUUGUACAUCCUCUUAUAAUUCUGGAUCUAGAGAUAAAUUAUGUUGCUUGUUUUUAUUUCUUUUAUUAAACAGUUUCAAGUUCUUUAUAUAA